CACGGACUCUUUUACACUGGCCCGCAAGUGCAACACCUCUAGGUCGCCGCUCGCGGCUCGCGCUCGCAUAAACGUCCAAAGUCGCUAUGCAUUCCAGCAGCGUUUAUAGUAGAAAAACUUGCCCACGGUCGGUCGGAGGCCCUGCUGCCUGUCGAUUACAUGCCGUUUCAUCAAUCGCCCGCGCUGCCUCGCGCACGACCGCAUUGCGCGCAGCAGCAACCUCCGAAUCGCAGACCGCCAGCGGUGGCAGUAACGGCUCGCCGCAGCGUCGCGGCCCUAAAGCUGUCGUCGUGGGCGGUGGCUGGGCUGGCUUUGGCGCUGCUUACGCGCUCAGCCAGGCGGGUGCGGAUGUGACGGUCCUGGAUGCGGCCGAGCAGCCCGGCGGGUUGGCCUCAUCCUGGAAGAGUCAGGGCGGCAAGACCGUGGAGCCGGGCAUCAAGGGGUUCUGGUACCAGUACGCCAACAUAUUCAGUCUGGUGGACCGGCUGGGGCUGCGGAACGUGUUCACAGAAUUCACACAGAGCAGUUUCUACACGCCGGAGGGACUGCAGGUCCGCUCGCCUCUCUUCCAGUCCCAGCCGCGUCUGCCCACCCCCCUGGGCUCCUUCGUCUACACCGCCCCCUACUUCACGCAGCUACCCCUGGCGGACCGACUCACGGCGGGCCCACUCAUUGGGCCGCUGCUCGAGUACAGUGCUGACGCGGAGGCGUAUGAGGCGUACGACAAGAUCUCAGCCCUGGAGCUGUUCAGGUCUGCGGGCGUGUCUGCCCGCCUGUACCGGGAGUUCCUGGAGCCCAUCCUGCUUGUGACGCUGUUCGCGCCCGGACACAAGCUCAGUGCGGCGGCGGCGCUGGACGCGCUCUACUACUUCGCACUGGCACACCAGCCGGACUUUGACACGCGCUGGUGCCGGGGCUCCGUGUCGGAGCGCAUCCUGCAGCCCUUUGCGGCGCACCUGGCGGCGAGAGGCGUCACACUGCUGGGCGGGCGCAAGGUGGUGGAGGUGUUGCCGGGCGCAGAGGGCGGCCGCCGGCCGGGCCGGGUUGUGGCCACGGCCCCCGGCGGCGAGCGCGAGGUGUGGGAGGCGGAUGCGGUGGUGUUCGCGACCGGCAUUGGCGCCAUGCAGCGCCUGGUGGCCGCGUCGCCAGUGCUGGCAGACCAGCCCUUCUUCACCGCCUUCAACAACCUGAGCUGUGUGGACGCAGCCGCGGUGCGGGUGUGGUUGGACCGGCGCAUACGGCCCGCCACGCCCAGCAAUGUGCUUGUGCGCUUCCAGCCCGACGUCGGCUCCACCCUGUUCCACCUGUCAGAGCUGCAGGACGAGUACUCUGCCACGGAGUCGGCCCGCAGCAGCAGUGUGGUGGAGGCGGACUUCUACCACGCCGCGGCGCUGCUGCCGCUCAGCGACGAGCAGCUGGUGGAGGACGUGGUGAUGAAGCAGAUGAUCCCAGCGGUGGACCCAGCGUCGCGGCCGCGGGUGGUGGACAGCAGUGUGCUCCGCUUCCGCGGCGCCGUGAGCCUGUUCUCUCCGGGGUGCGCCGCGCACAUGCCCACCACCCGCACGCCCUUUGCCAACACCUUCAUGGCAGGCGACUGGGUGCGGCAGGGCCCGGGCACACACGCCGCCAAGGGCCUGUGCCAGGAGAAGGCGUACGUCACAGGACUGCAGGCCGGCAACGCGGCGGCGGAGGCUCUGCGGCUGCAGCCGCGCGCAGUGGUGCUUCCCGGCGAGGAGGACGAGACACACAUAGCCGCCGGCCGCGCCGCAGUGCGGGAGCUCCGGCGCCUAGCGGCGGCGGCGGCCCCGCGCGGCGUGCCCAGUCCCCUGGGUGGGUUCACGUUGCUGCGGUGACCAGUGCUUGAUUUGGCGAAGGGGAGGACGUCCGGAGUCCGCCGGUGUUGGUGCGAAGGGGAGGUUGUUGGAAGGGGAUGGGGUGGCCGCCUUUGCCAGUGCGGUGCGUUCCGUUCCGCCGAGGUUUUGAUGUUGCACGGCAGUGGCAGCUGAGGAAGAGCAACGAACGGAGGAGCUGACACCCGCUGUAUGUGCGAUGUACUUUGGCGAAGGGCUGGCGUGGCGACUGGCGAGUGGCUUUGCUCUUGGUGCAUUCCUAGACGUGUUGCCGGCGUGUUCGGUGGCAGUCAGCCAAGACCGGGGGGGAGGAGCGGAGGAGCGGCAAGCCACGCCGCCAUGCGUACUUGUGACAAGCGGGUUUCGCCGCUCACAGCUGUACUGCCGGCCGGGCUUAGUCAUCGU